AUGCAACCUAAACUCGAAUCACAACCGCUUGUAUUUGAUCAACAACAACCGCCAACAUCACAAACAAAAAUGGUACCUAUUGCACCACGUUAUGAUUCAAAUCAACUAAAUACAACGAAUACAAAUGUAUAUACAUGUUCAAAUUGUACACAACCAAUUCAUGAACGUUAUUUUCUUCGUACACAAGAUCGUUUAUCUCGUGGAAGUUAUUGGCAUAUGCAAUGUUUACGUUGUCAAUGUUGUGAUGUACUUUUAGCUGAUAUAGCUUCAACGUUUUAUACAAAAGAUAAUGCACUUCUUUGCAAAUCUGAUUAUAUAAAAAGAUAUGGUAGUCGUCCAUGUUCAUUAUGUAGUCAAGUGAUUGGAACAAAUGAACAAAUAAUGCGUGUUAGUCCAAAUUAUGUUUAUCAUCUAUCUUGUUUUACUUGUGUUAAAUGUCAUACACCUUUAGUUAAAGGUGAUCGUUAUGUUCUUUUUAAUGGACAACCAUUUUGUGAAAAAGAUAAUCCACUUAAAUCAACAACAAAUAUUAAUAAUAGUCCCGCAACUAAACGCGGCGGUACUACGAGUAAACGUGGAGCAAAAGCAGGACGAGCUGCAGCUACAGCUGCAGCAGCAGUACCAGUACAACAAACAUUUGUAACACCUCCACAAUAUCAUCCUACAGGACAUAUAUCACUUUUAAAUAAUCCUCAUACUUCAAGUACAAUCACACAUUCGUUGCUCAGUAAUAAUAAUAAUAAUAAUAAUAAUCUAAACAACAACGGUUUUUCAUCAACUGCAACACCAAAUAAUGAUGAUUUGUAUUAA